AUGAUAUGCAAUGAUCAAUUGUCUCCAUACUGUCCUUUCAGGACAAACCUAAGUUUCUUCUCUGCUGCAUGGUAUGUGACAAUCAGCUGUCCUUUUAAGGACAAACUUAAGUCAUUCUUCGCUGCACGAUAUGCUGUCCUUUUCAGGACAAACUCAUUUUUUUCUCGCUACAUGAAAUGCGAUGAUCAACUGUCCUUUUUAGGGCAACAGUCUUUUACCAACCCACUCGUCGAUUCAGGCUUCACUGCCCUGCAUGCCAAUCAUCUCGUGGAUCAUAGUGGUUUCAAACCAACUCGACACACUGACUGCUUACCGACCUUUAUACACUCUCUACUCUGUGUUCUGCCAUGUGCGUAUAGCGAGAGGGUGGACUACAAGCCUUCAGUCGUCACAGAUGUCCUGACAAAAACUGCACCCAAAAGGCAUCCAGUGACCAUGGCUGUCUUUGGAUUACAGAUGAUUUUCAGCUUGGUGGCAUUCACCUUUCUACAAAAGCUUUCACGUUACUAUUCUUUUGGAAGGUGGAUUUUGUCCAACCGCCUGGUGCGUUAUUUGCACCCAACAAACGAAGAACUGAAAACUGCUGCUGGGAUACCUUUGGGUGUUUCCGCUAGCACACGGGUCAAACACCGGCGUGAACAUCGGCGUAACAACCAAGAAAAAAUCCAGGCUGAAUCCUUCACUGUCCCUCGGAACAUUCCUAUUACUCUUGAGACAGCCAAAGUGGAACCGAAUGACUUGUUACCCCUCCAUUAUUUUGGAGAAUUCCAGUGGUUAAUGGAUUUUUCUCUUUGUGCCCUCUUUGUUUAUGUUAGUACUGAGAUCUAUUACGGCUUCUUUCUGCGUACUGAACCAAACAUUAGUAUUCUGUGGUGCCUCUUGGUACUUGGUUUCUGUUUCAGGGUCCUUUUUAUGCAAACCUCGGUCUAUUUCCAGACUGAAGAUGGUGGUGAACGAAUCUUGUGUAUUACGUUUGGUUUUUUCUUCCUUGUUGCUGCAAUGGGCGUGCUUGUUGUCAGCGAGAACAACCUUGAAUUUGGCCUUGAACAGGGCUAUAACAAUUUUUCAAACAAUGCUGUAGAGUUUCUGAAGCAGCAAGGAAUUGCUUCUCAUGGCCCUAUAAGUCUGCUCACAUUCAAAAUCAUUCUUGCCUUUGUUUGUGCUUUUCUUGGAGCAUUUGUCACAUUUCCUGGACUCCGUCUGGCUUCAGCUAUCCCAUCUUCAUCCUCCUACUUUGGGUUAAGCCGAUGGCCCGGGAUCUGA